AUGCGUCUUCUCAGCGGUAUCGUGGCCUUCUGGCCCGUUGCUCUCCUCCUGUUGGUAGUCUCUGCGAGCCCGUUGCCGGACUGCAAUGGCGAGCCUCGCAAGUUCGAGUUGACUCUGACAUGGGAGAAACAUGCUCCCGAUGGUUUCGAGAGGGAAAUGGCCCUCAUCAACGGGGGAUUUCCCGGCCCAUUGAUGGAGAUCAACGAGGGGGAUGAUGUCGAGGUGCUCGUUCACAACAAAAUGCCGUACAAUACCACCAUCCACUUCCACGGCAUUGAAAUGGAGGGAACACCUUGGUCGGAUGGCGUGCCCGGUCUCACACAGCGGCAGAUCAAGCCCGGUAACAGCUUUGUGUACAAGUGGAAAGCAACCCAGUACGGCAGCUACUGGUAUCACGCUCACCAGCGAGGCCAGAUAGACGAUGGUCUUUACGGGCCGCUGGUCAUUCACCCCAGGAAGACCGACCCCAAACCCUUCAGCCUCAUUACCGAAGACCCCAAAAUCCUGAAGGCAAUUAUCAAGGCUGAGGAGGAUGCCAAGCCUCUGGUCCUCUCCGACUUGAGGCACGUCACUUCCGAGGAGAAUUGGAAGAUUGAGAUUGCCGCAGGGAUCGAGACACCCUGUUAUGACUCCAUCCUAAUCAAUGGAAAGGGCCGUGUUCAAUGCUGGAGCAAGGAGAAGAUUGCGUCGCUCCUUACACCAGACCAGAAGACCUUCCUAAAGCUUGGUAACGAGACUGCCCUAACUGCCAAGGCGUGUCUUUCUGGCAAUAUAAUUGGCAAUGUACUUGCGGCGGGCUUGCCAACCAACCUUUCAGCUGUGCCUCCCGAGAUCUUUGACGUUUGCACGCCCACCAAUGCCCCACAGGAGGUCAUCGAGGUCACUAAGUCGAAGUGCAGCCAGGAUAAAUGGGUCGCCUUCAAUGUCAUCGCCACCUUUGGCCUCAUCACCGGUAGUUUUUCGAUCGACGGCCACCCCAUGUUCGUCUAUGCCGUGGACGGCUCCUACAUCGAGCCCCAACUGGUUCAUGCCAUCACAGUCACCAACGGUGACCGUUUCUCUGUGAUGGUCAAGGUUGACACAGCCGGAGACUACCCGAUCCGUAUCGCUUCAACCGCCACGGCGCAGAUGAUCACUGGCGUAGCCACGCUUUCCAUCCGUGACACAAAGGAAGCCGGCGCCAAUGCUACCUCCACCGGGGUGGAGCCCUACAUCAAUGACGUGGGCCUCAACACAACCUCUGACGUUGUCUUCUUCAACCAGGGCGCCACCAGGUCCUUCCCUCCAGACGUGAUAAGCCCCGUCGCUGACCGCACCUUCAAGCUGUCGAUGAAGGUCGCCGGCGCCAGCUACAACUGGGCCCUCAACAGUACCAUCUACCCGAUGCAGUUGGACAACGAGGCACCGCUGCUCUUCGAGCCGGACCCGUCGCGCCACAAUAACGUCACCAUCUCGACAUGCUACGGCGAAUGGGUCGACCUCGUCUUCGUGGCCGUCAGCUUCCCCAUGCCACCGCACCCUAUCCACAAGCACGGCAACAAGAUGUGGCUCCUCGGCCAUGGCGAUGGCGAGUUCCCCUACGCGAGCGUGGCCGAGGCGGCCAAGGCGAUGCCGGGCAGUUUCAACCUCGUUAACCCGCCCAAGAGGGACGGGCUGUCGACGCCGCCGGCUACCACGGGUCCGGCAUGGAUGGCUGUGCGGUAUCACGUCACGAACCCCGGUGCUUGGUUCCUCCACUGUCACAUCCAGAGUCACCUGCUCGGCGGCAUGAGCAUGGCUAUUCAGGACGGUGUUGACCGGUGGCCGGUCGUUCCGAAGGAGUAUCUGGACUACCAUUGA